AUGGCCGACGUGGAGAUGGAGAUAGACGACGGGGCCGCCGUGGUGACGCGCGAAGCCGUUCAGACGCAGCACGAGGAUGGCGACGCGUCUGGCGAUGUCGACGUCGAUGGUGACGUGGACGCGGCCGGCACUGCCUCGGCUGGCCCACGCACCGCCGACAUGCAGACCCACGCCAAGGCGACAGCGGUGCGGUCGAUUGAGGGAUGGAUCGUCAUCGUGACCAACGUGCACGAAGAGGCUGAUGAGGAGGCUCUGCACGACAAGUUCUCCGAUUUUGGCGAGAUUAAGAACAUGCACCUAAACCUGGACCGUCGGAGUGGUUACGUCAAGGGCUACUGCUUGAUCGAGUACCCGACCCUCAACGAGGCCCGUGCCGCCAUAGAUGGCGCCCACCAGACCAAGCUGCUCGACCAGACCGUCCAGGUCGAUUUUGCCUUUGUGCGCCCGCCUCCCACCAAAGGCCGCGACCGUGCCGAUCGGCCAGACCGUGGAUCUGAUCGGCGAGACCGUGACGACCACCGACGAGGACCGCCCGGUGGACGGCGCCGCAGUCGCAGCAAGAGCCCGGUAGCCGAGGCCGGCGGCGAAUGA